AUGGUCUAUCACAAUAACGUAACCUAUAUUGUACUAACAGGCUUCCCAAAUCUAAAAAGCAUAAAAAUUCAAUUCUUCUUGUUGCUCUUUUUCAUAUAUUGUGUUACUCUCUUUGGAAAUCUUUUUAUUGUGGUUUUAUUUCAUCUGAGUAAAACACUUCAGUCCCCAAUGUACCUCUUCAUCACCCAACUAUCAUUGUUUGAUAUCAUUCUGUCUACCAAUAUUCUUCCCAACCUUCUUUAUAUCAUCCUCCAUGAUGGCUUACAUGAUGGAUGUACCAUGUCUCUUGACAGAUGUAUCAUCCAGUUCUCAUUCUUUGCACAUGCUGAGGUGUCAGAAUGUUUUCUGCUCACUGUGAUGUCCUACGAUCGGUAUUUGGCCAUCUCUAAGCCCCUGCAUUACAACUCUAUAAUAAACCAAUCAAGUUGCAUUAAAUCAGUGAUUGCCAUUUGGUUACUAGGAUUCAAAAUGGCAUUGAUUGAUUCCAUAUCUUUGUGCAGUCUUUACUACUGUGGACCAAACACCAUCAAUCACUUCUUCUGUGACUUUGAACCCAUACUUGAGCUUUCCUGCUCUGAUACUUCAUGGCUCCAUGUUCAGACCUAUGUAAUAGGUUUCUUCUGUGUCGUAGCACCUUUUAUAAUAAUUGUGAUAUCGUAUAUCUAUAUUGUUUUAACCAUACUCAAAAUUAAAACAAUUACGGGAAGACAAAAGGCCUUCUCCACCUGCAGCUCUCACUUGACCACAGUGUGCAUAUUUUAUGGGACUCUAACUGCUGUGUAUCUGUUUCCAACCAAAGGACAACUAGAUAUUCUCAGCAAGGUCCUUUCUCUGUUUUACACUGUAAUAAUUCCAUUGAUAAAUCCAAUCACAUACACAUUUCGGAACAAAGAUUUUAGAAAUGCUAUUGAGAAAAUAAAAUCAUAUGUUAAAUAA